AUGACGGAACUGGAGACAGCCAUGGGCAUGAUCCUCGAUGUCUUUGCCAAGUACUCGGGUACCGAGGGCAACAAGCAGAGCCUGACCAAGGGCGAGCUGAAGACCCUCAUGGAGAAGGAGCUCCCCGGCUUCUUGCAGAACGGAAAGGAUAAGGAGGAGGUGGACAAGCUGCUCCAAGACCUGGACGCCAACGGGGACGCCGAGGUGGAUUUCAGCGAAUUCAUGGUGUUCGUGGCAACUCUGACAUCUCUCUGUCACCAGUUCUUCCAGUGA